AUGACAGGUUUCGCAACCCGCCGCGCAAUCUGCGAAGACACCAUCGCACGCUCCCCCUCCAUCGCAACCUCAACACCAGGCGGCUCCCUCAUCAGCCACUUCAUCCCCUCGCAACUCCCAGCUCUCUCCAAAAAGUCACCCAUAUACCCAAAUAUCCCCUUACAAACCCCCAUCACAAUCCACAACAGCGACUCUUUCGCCCUUGCGCGAGCACUUCCCGGUAGCGGCAAAAUCGGGGUCCUAAACCUAGCCUCGGACGAAGAACCCGGCGGCGGCUGGCGCUACACGCUUUCGCGAACGCAGGAAGAAGCUUUAUGCUACUCUAGCACGCUGUAUGCUACUUUGAAGCCGGAAUGGUACCCUUGGCCCAAUACGGGAGCAGGGUCCGUUGCAGGUGUCAUGUCGCCCAACGUGGUCGUCUUCAGAGAUACGCUAGACAAUGGGCUUGCCGAAUUGCCUGAAGAUCAGCGCCACGUAGUGGCUGUCAUGACGGUCGCGGCGCCGCGUCUACCCGCUGUUAAGGAGGGUGGGGAGGGCUUUGCUAGAGAAGAAGAUUUGGAGGAUCUGAGGGAGAAGAUUUUGUUGGUGCUGAGGAUGGCUGCGGGGGAAGGGGUUACGAGGUUGGUGCUGGGGGCCAUGGGUUGCGGUGCUUAUAGGUGUCCGCCACGGGUUGUUGCACAGGAGAUGAAGAUGGCUUUGGAGAGAGAAGAGUUUGCGGGGUGGUUUGGGAAUGUUGCUUUUGCUGUGUACGCUGCUGGACCAAUUGGGACGAAAAAUCUGGAGAUAUUCCGCGAAGUAUUUGCAUUUGAAGUGAUGUGA